GGCUGAUUUCUCGCUGACAGUCGCUGUCAUUCGGCCACGGUCGGUUUCAGGAGAGAGGGGCAGCCAAGGAAGCGCACACAGGAAUCGGCCGGCUCUGUAGAAAAGACAGUUAGCGAGAGAAUAUCCUUAAAAUCAAAGAGAAAAAAAUGACACCGAUCGAAUAAGGCUUGUGAGAGAACCGCGGCCGGAUAUAUUUCAGUCAUUGCCACGUUAACAAAGCUCGUUGAUCACCCAGUCCAGAUCAGGGGCAGCAGAUAGAGAGCUGUGUCAUUGAGCAGGCAGGACACGUCAGGAGAAGAGAGAGAGAGAGAGAGAGCGAGAGAGAGAGAGAGAGAAAAAAAAGAGCUGACCGACUGCACUGUUACGAGUCAGCUAUCAAAUCGCCUCUGAAAAGCUUUUGCCUGACGCACUCGGUUAUUUUUUUUUCAAGGACACCACCUUGCUUUCAAACAGAGGAAAGGAUCUCGACAAAGACGUCGCCGAGGUCGAAGGUGGUGAUCAGAAGGACAAACGAUCACGGGAUAGCUUUUGUGUGUGGGGGGGAGAAAACAAAUGGGGGAUUACGGGUUUGGAGUCCUAGUUCAAAACAACACUGGCAACAAGUCUGCAUUCCCAGUUCGAAUCCACCCGCAUCUGCAGCCCCCACACCACCACCAAAAUGUGUCGCAGAGCCCUGCUGCUUUCAUAAACAGCACCACAGCCGCAGGGAAUGGCACCACGGGAGGCUCUCCCUGGCUCUUUCCUGCAUCAGCCACCCACAACAGCGUGCAAGACGAAAUCCUGGGGGGCCCAGAGAAGCCCAAAGCGCAGCAGCAACAGGAAAUGCAAGAAACGCAAGAAAAGCAGCAGCAGUUGUCCCCUGGGAGUCACCAGGAGGGUGGGGGUGGUGGUGGGAUCAUUUCAGAACUGGAAAAGGCCCGGUCAGAUGAAGCCAAGACAGACAACGGCACGUCUGAAGGAAGUAACGGAAAGGAGAAGCAGUUACGUCUUGAGUCUCCUGUCUUGACAGGCUUCGAUUACCAGGAGACGUCUGGUCUUGGGGGAACUGGCCAGGUCCAGUCCAGUACAACCUCAUCAUCACUUACUGGCUUCAACAACUGGUCAGCUGCUAUCCCGCCAGCACCAUCAACUAUCAUCAAUGAGGACGUCAGCUUCUUCAACCCGGCAUCUGCCAACAAUGGGCCCCUGCUGUUCCAGAACUUCUCACACCAUGUCAGCCCAGGGUUUGGCGGAAACUUCUCUCCCCAGAUUGGACCAGCGGCGGCCUUGUCCCAGCACCACCCGGCUCCCCCACCACACCCUCACUUCCAACAUCCCCACAACCAACACCAGCAGCAUCGGCGCUCCCCGGCCUCGCCACACCCUCCGCCGCCCUUUCCCCACAGGAAUCCGGCUUUCAGCCAGUUGCCGCAUUUGUCUAACAGCCUGAACAAGCCCCCGUCCCCUUGGGGUCCAGCCAGUUACCAGAGCCCCUCUCCCUCCCCCGGCUCCUCUACCUCCUGGAGUCCUGGAGGAGGCUAUGGUAGUGGUAGCGGCGGCUGGGGAGGGUCUCAGGGCAGAGAUUAUCGCAGAGGGCUGAACGGCGGAAUGACCCCCAUCAACUCUAUCUCUCCUCUGAAGAAGACCUUUCCUAACAACCAUGUGGCAUCCCAGAAGUACCCUCGAAACAGUCCCGCAGGCUUCAACCCCAAGUCCUGGAUGGAUGAUGGAGUCGGCCGCAGUGAUAACAUCUUCCCCUUUCAGGAACGCACCCGGUCAUUUGACAGCUUCAACAUGAACACGCUGGAGAGCUCCCUGAUCGACAUCAUGAGGGCCGAGCAGGACACUCUGAAAGGUCGUCUGGGGUUCCCCCAUCCAGGAGGAGACAACCCGUUACCCCUCAAUGGCCACUCCUCUCUCUUCCCAAUGGAGGAUGGUUUCCCUGACGACGAGCGCAGUGAUCAGGGUCUUGCAGGCCUGGGCUCCCCACACUGCUUUCCACACCAGAACGGAGAGCGUGUCGAACGUUACUCACGCAAGGUCUUUGUGGGAGGACUGCCCCCGGACAUAGAUGAAGAUGAGAUCACCGCCAGUUUCCGGCGUUUUGGACACCUGUUUGUGGACUGGCCUCACAAAGCGGAGAGCAAAUCCUAUUUCCCACCCAAAGGCUACGCCUUCCUGCUGUUCCAGGAUGAGAGCUCAGUGCAGGCGUUGAUUGACGCCUGCAUCGAAGAGGACGGCAAGCUGUACCUCUGCGUGUCCAGCCCCACCAUCAAAGACAAGCCGGUCCAGAUCCGCCCGUGGAACCUGAACGACAGUGAUUUUGUGAUGGAUGGAUCUCAGCCUCUGGACCCGAGGAAGACCAUCUUUGUUGGAGGUGUCCCUCGUCCGCUCCGUGCAGUGGAGCUGGCCAUGAUCAUGGACCGCCUGUAUGGUGGCGUUUGCUACGCCGGCAUCGACACAGACCCCGAGCUGAAGUACCCCAAGGGAGCAGGGCGGGUCGCCUUCUCUAAUCAGCAGAGCUACAUUGCUGCUAUCAGUGCUCGCUUUGUCCAGCUGCAGCACGGAGAAAUCGAUAAACGGGUGGAAGUGAAGCCAUACGUGCUGGACGACCAGCUGUGCGAUGAGUGCCAGGGAACUCGCUGCGGCGGGAAGUUUGCGCCGUUCUUCUGCGCCAACGUCACCUGCCUGCAGUACUACUGCGAGUACUGCUGGGCGGCCAUCCACUCGCGCGCUGGACGGGAGUUUCACAAACCGCUGGUGAAGGAAGGAGGCGACCGACCCCGUCACAUCUCCUUCCGCUGGAACUGAGCGGGCGGCAGAGAGGCAGAGAGGGAGAGGCAACAGGGGAGCAGGAGGGCAGGUAGUGCAGGAGUCGCAAAUCAUUGUACAAAUAAUGCACUUUUCUGUUGCUGGUUCCUUUUUGUUCCAAUUUCACUGAACCUUUUUCCUAAUUUUUUUAAGUUAAUAUAUAUCUAUAUUUUGAAGAUAGAAAAGAAAAACUGGAAUUGUAUCCAAAUAUGUCCAGCAAGGAAAAAAGAUGUGUAACAUAAUUUUAUUUAUGCGUUCUUUUUUUAAAUUUUUUUUUUUUUAUAUUUUAUUAGUUCUCAAAAAAUACAUAUAUAGGAAAGUUUGAAGUUUGAUAUGGUACUCUGCUAUUCAAUUGGCAAUUUUUUUUCUAAAUGUAUUUGAUUUUAAUUUUGAUACAAGAGGCCCCAAAACAAUACACUUCAUUUGAUAUUUGAUUGACUUGUUUUGUAGCAGAGCUAUUGCUUUUUAUUGUGUACCGAGGUCUCCAGAGGCUAUUUAUUUCUGAGAGGUGUGAUUCAGUUCUCUAUCGAUACCAGAGGCUCCAGAACAAAUGUGAAUUGAAAAAGGUGUUGCUAAAGAAGAGUGCACUUAUUUCCAAUUCUAAAAAGUAUAUUACACCCUUCGUAGUUUACCAAAGCUGAAUCUUGAAUUAACUUUGAGGAACAGAGGGCCCACUGCAGAACGAAAUGGAUUCCUUUCCCUCCCAUAUCAAAAUGUUUGAACCUUUCUUUUUAUGAUUUCCAACAUCAUUCAAAUGUUUUGAUGUUACUUGAAAAUUGCAACAAAAUUUUAGCAACACAUAUUCGGGUUUUGAUCUGCAUUUUGACAUGCAAAAACUAAUACCUCAAACUCAGCUGCUAAUGUGCCGAAUACAGUUAAAAAGAAAGGAAAAAAAGCAAGAAAGAGAACAUCAUCACCUGCUUGUUUUCUCCUUUCCUUAGAACUAUAAUCAAAGGGAAGUGAUGCAACAGGCAGAGUGUGAUGUGACUGGCACCGUUUUGUACUCGCUUGCUUCAUCACCUCCUUAUUUUUAUAAUCAAACCCAGGGUUGUGCUCGGGACAGAGCAGAGCAUCAUACAGUAUACAGUGUAUUAGGGGAAUGUAUGGAGUAGGUAGGCUACAGGAGAGACAGACAGGCCUACUGGGAAAGAGAGUUAAGUCCAGCCCCACUCCCCCUCCUCAUGUCUGCCUGCGGCCUCUGCUGCUAAGCUAGCAGCUAACAAAGGGGCGGGCCUCAUGGACCGAACCCUGCUUUCUGUGUGUCGGGUUCAGAUCCAGAUCCUUCAGGACUGCAGUUAUGGUAACUCCUAGAGAGAAGGCGGGUCGAGUGGCCACCUUUUUUUAUUGCAGUUUCUACGGGGCUACCACCAAACGGGAAACGCCUGUCCUUUUGUUAGUGUCUUUUUAUUUUAAUUUCAAUUUUUCUUUCAAUGCUUUUGUGCAGUUCUCCCCAGUCUUUAAUGAAAAAGUUCUACUUUGCAUCCGAGAGUCAGCUACAUUUAACGAAAGAAGCAAUUCAAGUCUGUCUGAUUUCCCAAUCGUCAGCACACAUUUGAGUCACGGAGGGGUCUCUGCCCUUUCGGCGAACCCGCUAUCCUUUCUCCUGCUAAGCUAAGCUAAUCCAACUCAGCAUCCAGUGUUUUUGAAGCAUAAAUGAAGAUAGUCUCUGCAGUGUGCUCUACUACUACACACUUGUGACCCACAUGCAGUUUGCUCUUGAUAGCAGUCGGUUGUACCCAGUGGUUUUUUGGGAACCAAAGAUGGCUGUGCAGUAGUGGGUCAUACUGUAGCUCAUUUCUUAUUUAGGUCUUUAUUCUCAUUUUCUUUCUCAUUUCUUCAAGGAUGUUUUCUCAUAUAUAUUUUUUUAAUUCUGUCACUUCUACCCAGUUUUGCUCAUCUGUCAAGCCCAGCAAACCAAAGAUUGGCCUUGAACAUAAUAUAUUUAUAUAUAUAUAUUUGACAGUGCAGUCAAAACACAUUAGAACACCACUGGAAAAACAACAGGGCUUGUAGACACACACACACACACACACACACACACACACACAAGGCAUCAAAGCUCAAAAUAAAGGUGCACGCUUGUAGGCACGGUUCUUUUUAUCUCAAAUAGGUCUGCGGGAAGUUUAACAUAAAGUGCACAUUCACACAGCGAAAGUCAAACUUAUCCUUACAUUUGUUUGACGUGUUCAGUCACUCAGUGGUAACCUACUUAGCCGAGCAUUUAAAUAUGUCAGGGAGUUAGUACAGAAACUUGAUUAUACACACUAGUGAGAAACGUAUCCUCAUAUCGCCGUCGUUGCACCAGUUUUGCACCCUGGACAUUAGUUGUGUGGGUGUGGUGGGUGAGCAUUUUAGAAGUUAAAACACUUUGUGAAGAAUUUGCUGUUAAAUGAGAUGAAAAAAAA